AGCUUGUUUUAAAGUCUUUCUUUAGUAAUAAUUUCGUUGUGAUCGUUAUUGCGUCUAGUAUUUCUACGAGAGCGUAAUCUAGUAUAUUUGUUGCACAAAAAUAUUGAUUUCGUAAAAAAAAAACAAAUAUUAAAAAAAUCGUAAUUUUAAUUGGUAUUAUCCAGUAUAAACAUCAUGUCAAAAUUUGUUAUUAUUCUAUUGACAUUUGCAAUUACAUCGAAUGUUUUCGUUUCUAUAGAAUCGCGCAGCUGGGGCAUUCCAAAUAUUUGCUUGCAACCACCUCCCCGAUCAGAGGGUAUUUGUACGAUUGAAAUAGAAGGUUAUUAUUUUGAUAGUCAAAAGAGUAAUUGUGAAAAAUAUACUGUUGGAGGUUGUCGUCUAACGGGUGGUCAAAGUUUUGGUUCCCUUCAGGAUUGUUUAGCAACUUGCGUUCAUGCCACUCGACGUAUACAGGAUAUAAGACAUGAUUAAAGUUCAAAAAACCAAGAAAAGUGAUUAAUAAAGUUUUAUGUUAAAAUAUGUUUGUUUUCUUAA